UGACGUCAUGGAAUGUGUUAAAGAACGUUCCAUCGGGUUCUAGGGAAGCUCGCCAUCUUUGAAGACUUCUAGUCGGAGGCUUUUUUACUUUCUUUGUUCAGAUUUUUUUUUUUUACAUAAGCGGUAAACCUACUAUUUCGAACCUCAUACUUGCAAAAACCAGAUGCGGCACUCAAAGCGAAUGCGCUCCCCGUGUGUUUGGCUUGAUGAGUACAGCUGGGAAGAGAGAAUGGAGUGUCGCAAGCGUAAGAAGCAUGAUUCUCACAGCAGCGAAAGAGAAAAUAAGUCCAGAAGAACUCUCCGUCAUCCCAAGACGUAUGAUGGGCACUACUUGGAGUCCCGUAGUUUAAACCAGAGGCUGGACUCUCGGGAAAGAACCACCCGAGACCACAGUUUGGGCAUGGCCUGUGAGGAGGACAGCCAUGAAGCCACCUGCAAGGACAAAGACUGGCACCACUACAGCAAGUCAUCUGGGCGCAGUGGUCGAAGUGGUCGCAGCAGGCGAAGCAGCCGCAGGCACAGAGAUCGAAGGCGCAGACGUAGCCACUCUCGCCACAGGUCCUCCACGAGGAGGAGCCAACAGCGCAGGAGCAGGAAAAGAUCCAGGAGUGUUGAGGAUGAUGACGAGGGUCACCUCAUCUAUCACAGUGGAGACAUGCUGAGAGCGAGAUAUGAGAUUGUGUGUACUCUAGGAGAGGGUGCCUUUGGGAAGGUUGUCGAAUGCAUUGAUCACUCUAAUGAUGGAGCUCGAGUGGCUCUGAAGAUUAUAAAAAACAUAGACCGCUACCGAGAGGCAGCUAUGUCUGAGGUAGAAGUGCUUGAACAGUUGAAGUCUCUCGACUCUGCUAAGAGAUAUGCUUGUGUACACAUACUGGACUGGUUUGACUAUCACGGCCACGUUUGCAUUGCCUUUGAGCUACUUGGCCUCAGCACCUAUGAUUUCCUCAAGGAAAACAACUUCCAGCCUUUCCCCAUAGAACACAUCAGACACAUGGCGUACCAGAUCAUCCGGGCAGUGAAAUUUCUGCACAACAACAAGCUGACUCACACAGACCUGAAGCCUGAGAAUAUUCUCUUUAUUAACUCAGACUAUGAUAUGGAGUACAACCCUGGUAUGAAACGGGAUGAACGAACAUUAAAGAACCCAGAUGUGAAAAUUGUGGACUUUGGUAACGCUACAUAUGAACACGAGCACCACACCUCUGUGGUCUCGACACGUCACUAUCGAGCCCCUGAAGUCAUUUUAGAUCUGGGCUGGGGCCAUUCCUGUGAUGUCUGGAGUGUAGGCUGCAUACUCAUUGAGUACUAUCUUGGGUCUACUCUCUUCCAGACUCAUGACAGUAAAGAGCACCUUGCUAUGAUGGAGAGAGUCCUGGGCCCCAUCCCCACAGACCUCCUGCAGAAAACCAAGAAACGGCGGUAUGUUCACCGGGGCAGGCUUGACUGGGAUAUGCACAGCUCUUCUGGGAGAUACGUCAGAAAACACUGCAAACCCCUCAAGCAUUACAUGCUGUCUAAAGGUGAAGGCCACCACCAGCUGUUUGACCUGAUAGAGAAGAUGAUGGAGUAUGACCCAGCUAAGCGCCUCAGUCUGGAGCAGGCCCUCCGGCACUCCUUCUUCUCCUGCUACCACAAAAGUAGCAGCAGCAGUAGCAGCAAAAGCAGCAGACGUACCACCACCACCAGCAGAAGCAGCAGCAGUAGCAGUAAAAAAGACUGAACUCCCAAACCUGUAAACCUCUGACCUGAAACCUCGGUCAGGGCUUGGCUGUCACUGACAUUUAUCGAGGUGCAGUGCCAGCCUCUACUUCCUGACUCUCCAGGAGAGGUGUGCCUUAACUGACUGUAUCAGUCCACUGCCCUGCGUUGCUGUGUCCUGUUGUGUGUUUCUCACCCUCGGUCAUCAACAGGUUGUUUUCCUCUGUGGCAUGUUUCGAUGUAUGAGUCCCCCAAUUGAUUUCUAUUUAUUAGCCAUUGUAAUUUAAUUCUUGUUUCCUAAGCAUAUACUGGUAGAGCUGUUUUUUAUUCAUUAGUAGUCCUAUUGUAUCCAUGUUCUCUCUGUAUUAUGAAGUGGGUGAUGGGUAAUAUAACAGAUUGAGAAUUUCCUCCCCCUGCAUCAGUCUCACCAGUAAUUUAUUCAGUACUGUAGAUGUUGAAGAGAAAAAAAGGCAAUUGCGGGCAGAAAUCUUUGUACAUAGAAUUUGUUCGGACGUUAAUUUUUUUUCACUGACUGGUUAUGUAAUUUUUGCAGUAUCAUGUACAUUCUCAAUAAACGUAAAAAGACGACAGAA